AUGCCACAUAUUCCAGUUGUCUAUAUGAUAUACAUGUAUUGCAAAAAUCCAGAUUGUGAAAAAAUAUAAUUUUGAAGGGAGACAUAUAAAUAAAACAAACUUAGAAUGAUAUAAAUGUUACCAUGACACAAAGAAAUUUCUUAAUAAUUAUGACAUCACAACUAAAUAAUCCUUUUCUACUGUGAUGUCAUACAUGUAUUCAUAAUCAAGGGUUCUAAAAAUUUAAUUAUGAUGUCACACAGCAAAUAAUACAAAGGUUGCUACAGGUUUAAUGUUUUAUAGCAACAAGACAUGUGAUGUCAUACUACACAAUAAAAAUUACCUAGUAAUAGAAACAAUAUUGUUUCUAUGGUAAACACAAACAAAAGCAAUGUUGCGAUAAAAUACUGAGAAAUUCUUGAAAGUUGAUCUACAACGACAUAAAUUACAAAUAUCUGAAGAAAAGAUGGAAAAACAACCAACUUCAAGCCAUAGGAUUAGAAGUGCCAUGAGCAAGAUUGCUAUUUGGAAAUCCAAAGAAACAAGACAGCUAUGGAGGCAAAACAAUCGUAUUGUUCCAUACAAUGAUGCUGAAGAUGAUGAGAAAGUGGAGGAGGUCACAAUGGUGAUAGACCUGAAUGAGAUACAUGUAUAUGAAUGGCCAGAGAUAGACUUUUCAAAAUUUGGCAGAAAUGGCUUUUACACAAAAGCUGACUGCACAAUGGAAACUAUCCUAAGGAUGUCUCCACUUUAUGACCCAAAGUUUUCUCAACCUCAACAGGAAAAAGACAAGCGUUCCUUUCUUCAAAGAGCUCUGCAUAAAAUGGAAAAGAGAGCAAGAGAGGCCAAAUAUGCAGUUUCUGCAUUGACAAAGAAAACAGAUAACCAGGACAAAAGUUCCCAGCAGAAAACAAAGGAUGACUCUGGCUUUACCUCAUUUUAA